AUGAAUUUAACCAAAGAUGCCGAUCGACAAGAUCCUCCAAGCGCAGCAAAUAAUGCAAAGAUCGCGAAUGUGCAGAUAAGAAAAGCUCAAUAUCUCGCGUGGUGCGAAUACAAGGAGCCCCGUGUUCCCGAGUAUACCAAAGCUGUGCAGGCGAAGUCUGUCCUUGAGCGUGCAGCAUACAUUUCGGUCCAUGCGAAACCAAAAAUGGAUGAGAUCAACUUGCUUGGAAGGCACGAAUCCCACAAGAGUGUCGCCUUCAUUCUGAACGGCAACGAACCUGCGGUCCGCGAAGGCACUGGACCUGGCAACCGCGCCGUCAGCCGCUACUCCGAGGCAAUAUACAACAUCUUCCUAGGCAUACCCGAUGUUCUCAAGAUCAUGGUCUUAUGUGACGACCUUCCGAACGUGGACUCCACCACCAUUGCACUCAGUCUUCUGGAGAGAAUCUUUUUUGUCGGGACCGACAGCAUGCCUGUGCCAACUCUGAAGGAAAAGCCGACCUACCGGAAAAUCCUCGACAUGAUAGUGGCGUGCAUCAAGGCUCAUCGGGAGAAGCAACCGGUCUGGCUUGUCCUUGAAUGCAUUGAGUCCAUUGAGGACAGAGACCGCCGCGAGGGUACGAUGCAGCUCUUCAAGACACUUGUAGAAGCAAGCCGAGACCAGAGUCAGAAGUACCCUUUCAGCUUUCUGGUGACAUGCGGGACCGAAGGCGAGUGCACCAAAUACGCCAGAUCCAAGAAAGUUCCGAUGUAUGAGGCCCCCAAGAAGCUCCCGAAGCCGAAGAAGAGCACUUGA